GGGGCGAGAGGCGGGGGAAGGGGCGGGGCUAGAAGGAAGUGGGUCGAAUGUAGGAGAGGAGAAAAGACCGGAAGGAAGUGGGUGGGGCGAGGGCGGACCUCUCUGGGGUACCUCGCAGCUUCACUUCCUACUUGCCGGUAUUUCUGCUUCCGGGUCAAGGGUGUUCGCCGCCUCCAGUUCCUCUGCCUGGCUGUUCGCGGUGCUCCCAGUGACAGCGCCUCCUGUCUCAAGCCGGGGCGCCUUUCUUCUGCCCGCCCGCGGGAGCCUGGACGCCCUCACCGUCCCGGGACGCGGAGGCGCUCCUCACCUUCCGGCUCAGCCUGGGGGCCUGGAGGGCCCCUGAGCACGGAUGCCGAGAGGGGCCGCGGGCCCAGCGAGGCUGCCGUGUGCGGGCCUCGGGCGCUGGAGGCGAACCGCGGGCACCGGCGGCCCUUAGGCGUCCCGGCUCGCAUGGGCCCUCCCACCCGAUAGAUGUGGCUGCUGAGGCGGCGGCGGUGGUGGCGGCCGGACCUGCUGCUGCUGCUGCUGCUGCUGCUGCUGCUGCUGCUGCUGCUUGGCUCCAAGCUCAGCUGCGCCGCGGCCCUUUGCUGCCCCCCGGGGCUGCCGUCGCCCGCUCUUCCUCCCCUGGGCCUGGCCUUGCAGCGUGGCGACGAUGGACAAGAUCCUGGAGGGCCUGGUGAGUUCCUCGCACCCUCUGCCCCUCAAGCGGAUGAUUGUGCGGAAGGUGGUGGAAUCCGCGGAGCACUGGCUCGACGAAGCGCAGUGCGAGGCCAUGUUUGACCUGACGACCCGCCUCAUCCUGGAGGGUCCGGACCCUUUCCAGCGGCAAGUGGGCCACCAGGUGCUGGAGGCCUACGCGCGGUACCACCGGCCGGAGUUCGAGUCCUUCUUCAACAAGACCUUCGUGCUGGGCCUCCUUCAACAGGGCUACCACUCACUGGACAGGAAGGACGUAGCCAUCCUGGACUACAUUCACAACGGCCUGAAGCUGAUCAUGAGCUGCCCGUCGGUGCUGGACCUCUUCAGCCUGCUGCAGGUGGAGGUGCUGCGAAUGGUCUGUGAGAGGCCGGAGCCGCAGCUCUGUGCCCGACUGAGCGACCUUCUGACGGAUUUCGUGCAGUGCGUCCCCAAAGGGAAACUGUCCAUUACCUUCUGUCAACAGCUGGUUCGAACGAUAGGUCAUUUCCAGUGUGUGUCCACCCAGGAGAAGGAGCUGCGGGAGUAUGUCUCCCAGGUGACAAAAGUGAGUAACUUACUACAAAAUAUCUGGAAGGCUGAGCCCUCCACGCUGCUGCCUUCUCUGCAAGAAGUUUUUGCAAGCAUCUCUUCCACAGAUGUGUCCUUUGAGCCCUCAGUCGCCUUGGCAAGCCUUGUGCAGCACAUUCCUCUGCAGAUGAUCACAGUCCUCAUCAGGAGCCUGACCGCCGACCCGAACGUGAAAGAUGCAAGUAUGACCCACGCGCUCUGCAGGUACGUGGAUGUUUAUGCCAGACGAUAAGUACAGGCCUGAGGAGAGACUCUUCUGGCUAAAACGGAAAUCAUGAAAUAAAUUUGUAGUUUCUCCAAAUUAAUUAGAAUGACUUACCUUUUUAUAGCCUCAUCUGAACUUGUUUGGUUGGGUUGUUUUUCUAGAUUCUUUAUUCCUUAACUAUUUUCUGCAGCCCUCCCGGGUGGGGUGGUAGUUGUUAUCAUUAUUUGGUUCUGUUCCUCUUAGCUAGGUAAGGAUUUUAUUUUCUCUUUCAACCGGACUCCAUAGAUGAUACCUUUGCACUUGCCUCUUUGGAUUUAUUUUAUUUUAUGUGUGUGUUUUGCUUUUGUGUAUAUAUGUGUACCCAUAUGCAUGCUUGGUGUCCGAAGAGGUCAGCUCCUGCAACUGGAAUUAUGGAUGGUUGUGAACCCACUAGGUGUGUGCUGGGAAUUGAACCUGGAUCCCCUGCAAGAGCAACACGUGCUCUAACUGCUGAACCAUUUCUCCAGCUCCUACCUUUGCCUCUUUGGAAUUUGUUUUCUCUCCCUUAUCCAUAAAUGGAUGAAUUUGGCCCGAUACAGAAUUCUGGUUUGAUAGCUGUUUUCUUUUAACAUUUUGAAAUUCAUAGCACACUGUUGUUGGGCAUCUACUGUUGCUGGUAGAAGCUGUUGCUAGUCUGGUUGUCAGAUGUUUCUGAUAACAUGUUUUUCUUCUUAUCCUAAAUGAUCUGCAGUCUCGUGUCCCAUGUCUAAAUAUAAAUGGAUUUGCCCUUUGCAACACCUUUAUGCUUGUACUGAGUCAUUCAUUCAAAGUGACUUGCUGAAGCUGGGCGGUGGUGGCGCAUACCUUUAAUCUCAGCACUCGGGAGGCAGAGGCAGGUGCAUCUCUGUGAGUUCGAGGCCAGCCUGGGCUACAGAGUGAGUUCCAGGACAGGCUCCAAAGCUACACAGGAAAACCUUGUCUCGAAAAGACAAACAAACAAACAAAACUCCCAAAAAACAAAAUGACUUACUGAGCACUUAACAAAAGUGUCAGGCAGCGCCCAAAAUACCCUGAGUAAAUUGAUAAAAAUAUAUACUUUCAUGAGCUUCCUUUAUAGUCAGAGAAACCAACAGUAAUGUAGCAAUAAUUCACUGAUUCCAGCAUUCAUCCUGAUUUUAAAAAUGUUAAAAUGUGUAGUAAUGGGUGCCGUAGUUAGGCCUGGCUUUUUUGUCAUUCUCCUGAAUAAUGAAAUUGAUUUUGUUUUGGAUUUAAAUU